AUGCCAAGAUUAUUAGCUACUCAAUCGCACGUGGUCCAUGGUUAUGUAGGAAAUAAGGCAGCUACCUUUCCAUUACAGUGUCUAGGCUGGGAUGUAGAUUGUUGUAACACAGUCCAAUUUUCAAAUCAUACAGGUUAUGGUAUGGAUAAGGUCUUUGGCAGCAUCACAAAAUCGGAUAAUCUUAACAAAUUAUUGUCUGGAUUAUUUCAAAAUUUUACACAUGAUUAUGAAGCUUUACUAUCAGGAUAUUUACCAAAUGCAGAUUCAGUGAGAUGCAUGGGGCAUCAUUACACUGAAUUUAAGAAACAGAAUCCGAAGACUUUAUGGCUAAUGGAUCCUGUAAUGGGAGAUGAAGGCAAGUUGUAUGUAAAUGAAGAUGUUAUACCAGAGUACAGAAAUUUGGCUCUAUCUGAAAGGGGUAUAGUAGAUAUAAUAACUCCAAAUCAAUUUGAAUUAGAAAUAUUAUGUGGCCAAAAAAUUGCCAAUUUUGAACAGCUUAAGAAUGCGUUACACUUUCUUCAUGAAAGUAUACCAAUUAUUAUAGUUACAUCAUGUGAUCCUAAGCUAUUCAAUGAUGAAGGACACAUUUAUUGUGUCGCGUCUAUGAGAGAUAAAGAGGCUAGUUUAUUCCGUAUUCCAUACAUUGAUUCAUACUUUACUGGGGUUGGUGACCUAUUUUCUGCAUUACUAUUAGAUAGAACUUAUAAACUUCUGAAUGAUGAGACUUCCACUCUAACAUUUGAAGACCAAAUUAACGAUGUAUUAAAUGUCAUCCAAAGGGUUUUGCUAGUUACUAAAAGUAUGGCACCAGAUAAUAUCAAGUCUACUAUAGGUUCUAUUGAAACAAUGAAAAUGAUGGAGUUGAAAAUCGUUCAAUGUAGAGAUUUAUUUGAUACUGUACCAUGUAAAAAUGCUAGAUUUGGAUCUGUUGUUAAGGAUGAAAAAUUCAUAAUUAAAAAAUUUUAA